AUGGCGCAAUUGACCAAAUUAUUCACUCUUCUUUUCCUCCUUCCUUUCCUCGCUCAGGGGCUUGUACUUCCACAAGCUAACACCAACGAACAUUUCAAGAAAGCUUUGCAAGAUGGAAUGAGAAGACAUCAUGAUCAAUCGAAUUACCUUCGAUCCCUAACUUCUUCUAUUGGUACAGGUAAACGUGAUGAGAUAUACGGAAGACAACGAGGAGGUGGUCAUGCGCGAAACAGAGGUGGGAACGGACGAGGAGGAAGAAACAGAGGAGGCAAUGGCAAUGGCAAUGGCAAUGGCAAUGGCACUGCCGGAGCUGCUGCUGCGGGAGCAGCUGGUGGGGCUGUUGCCGGUGCUGCUGGAGGUGCAAUAGUAGGAGAUGCUGCAGGUGAUGCCGCCGCUACUGCAAGUGUCACCGAUACUGCUGCUGCCACAGCUACCGCCGAUGCCGCUGAAGGUGACACAGCUACUGCAACUGAAGAUGCUGCCGGAGCAGCUGAAGAGACUGCCGCCUCUGAGACAAGUGCAGAAGCCGAAGGUGAUGCUGUUGCUACUGCUACUGCUACAGAAGAUGCAGCUCGAGAGGCCGAAGCUACCGCUGAGGGUGCAGCCACCGCCGCUGAAGCCGAAGAAUCUGCUGCUGUCGCUGAAGACACCGAAGCUGCCGAGGUUAUUGCUACUGCCACUGCUACCGAAGCUGGGCUAGCCGGAGAGACAGCUGCUGCUGAGGCGACCGCUACCGAAGUCAAAGAAGGAGCUAGUACUGCCAAGGCAACAGCCACUGCGACAGCCGAAGAGGAUGCUGGAGCUGCUGAAAUCACCGCUGCUGCUGAAGCUACUGCCACCGAAGCUUCUGAAGGAGAUGCUGAAGCUACUGCAACUUCUGUCGAAGAAGAUAGUGCUGCUACAGAAACUGCUACUGCCACUGAAGAAGCUACCAAAGCAGAAGCGACUGCUGCUGAAACAGCAGGGGAAGCUGAGGCGAGCGCUGCAGAAACCACUGCUACUGCCGAACGCCACGCCGAUGCCACAGCCGCCGCCGAAGCUACAUCUGAAACUGCCACUGUAACUACCACCCACUCUACUGCUACUGCCACUGCCGCUGCUGAGGGAGAAGAAGAAGCCGCUGCCACCGAGACCGCGCCAGAGGCCGCCGAAGCUACUGCUACCGCUGCUGAAGAGAGUGAGGCUGAAGCCAGUGCUGAAGAAGGAUCAUCGGCCACUGGAGGAGAAACAGGAAGCGUAGAUGCUACUGCAGUCCUCCAGAAGCUCGGCGAAAAUUUGGGGACACUCUUAUCUUCUGGAACUUCCGGUGAUCUCACUCAAGACUUGGAGGGUUUGUUGAGUGGAACGGGAUUGGCAGAUCUCUUGGGUGGGGUUGCAGCAUAA